AUGCUCCUCGCGUCUUCUUCCUCAACCCAACCACCACAAACGUCUCCCCCGUCCUCAAAUCCCUCCUCCUCACGCGUCCAAUCCUCCUACGCUUCUCCUUCUGACAGCCUCUCCCGUCCCUCUCUACCCUUCACCGUCACCUCCUCCUCUUCUUCACCAUCCACCCCCUCCUCCUCUCUAUGUGCGCGAUGUCACCUGCCCCUCGACGCGCCUACGAUCCGCGCCAUGGACAAAACCUUUCAUAAAUCUUGUUUUGUCUGUGCCGACUGCGGCAACCCCGUCGGCGAGCGCUUCUUCCCCCUCGACCAACCCCCCUCCUCCCCCCUCCCCCUCUGCGAACUCGACUUCUUCCGCCGCCGCUCCCUCCUCUGCCACGUCUGCGGCGGCGCCCUCCGCGGCGACUACGUCAUGGCCGUCGGCCACAAAUACCACCUCGAACACUUCACCUGCUCCAUCUGCCCCCGCGUCUUCCAGGCCGACGACAACUACUACGAACGCGACGGCUCCGUCUACUGCCACUUCCACUUCUCCACCCUCUUCGCCGACAGAUGCGAGGGCUGCAACUCCGCCAUCCUCCGCCAAUUCAUCGAAAACCUCCGCAACGGACGCCACGAGCAUUGGCACCCUGAAUGCUACAUGAUUCACAAGUUCUGGAACGUCCGUCUCGCUGCAGAAUCGGCCCCUCCUGCCUCCGCCGCAACAGACCCCGGCCCGUAUGUCUGGAAAGACGACAGCGACCUCACUCCCGACCUCCUCAAAGCAAAGCAGUCCGCUGUCGAAAACAAAGUCUUCCGCAUCUGGACCGUGCUCUCAGAGUACGAGGAGGUUUCUGCCGCCUGUAUCUCCGACAUGCUCCAGUACGCGACCGCCAGCUCGACGCUCGACGCCGUCCUCGCGACAAGCAGACUGAUAUACCGCGUUCAAGUCCUUUUCUCAGCUAUCGACCUCCUCCGGCAAAACCCCACCGUCGCGCGUUCGCUCGGAAAAGAACCAAAAACUCUUUGCAAAAAUAUCGUCAACUUCCUCACCACCCUCCCCGGCUCCGUUCUCUCUCCCUCCUCCGCCCAGCCUGCCACCUCCACCCCAUCUCCUCCCUCGUCUGUCGCAGCUCCCUCAUCCUCAAAAGAUCUCCUCGACCUCGUCACCUCAAUGGCUCACUACCUCAAGCUCCUCAUCCAAUUCGGUCUCGACUCUGCUCUUCUGCAAGACAGACUCGACUCUGACUCCCACGCCGUCGAAUCUUUCCUCGACUACCUGUCCUCCCACAACUCCCCGCCCGUUCUCUCCCGCGCGACCCUCGUCCCCAACAUCACCGACCAAUGCAUGUCCUGCCGCCGCGGCAUCGAAGAAAAAUGCGCGCGCCUCCUACCCUCCGCCGACUCCGGCGACCGCCGCGACCGCAGAUGGCAUCUCACCGCCGCCUGCUUCGCCUGCGCAAAAUGCCAGCGCUCGCUCGUCGACGACCUCGCCCGCGCCGUCUGGAGCAGCAACCUCCGCGUCGUCCUAUGCACGGACUGCGCGACCGCCGCCGACCAACCCCGCACCGGCUUUGAAUUCGUCUCGCGUCUGAACCAGUACUCGUUCCUGCUCAAAGUCGCGCUGCAACGCGUCUACAAAACCGUCGAAACCCUCGCCGCGCAGGGACCGCUCAAACGGAUCUCGUCGACCGACAAGCACGAGUCCGUCGUCGGCUACGUCAACACGCUCACCGACAUCCGCCGCCUGCGCUCCACCCGUUUCAAACGCGCAAUCUCGGACGCAAAGGGGAAGCAGGUCCGCAGAUCAAAGAGCACGAUGGGAAACGAGUCGCAGCGCGCGUCCGCGUCGCCAAAAUCCCAGUCGCAAUCGCCUCAGGGACCUUCAACCGGCUCUCUGCAGCGGAGGAAGAGUAGCAGGACACAUAGCAGCACUACCGUCAACGCAAACAGCAGCAGUAGCAACGUCAGCAGAGAAAUCGUCUCGCCGCCGUCAUCAAUAGCUACCGCUCCAUCCACCCACCACCACUCAACCACCUCCCUCCUCAACAACCCCGACACCCCACCCUCCGCUCCCCGCCGAACAAACACCGCAUCCUCAGACAAGCCCGACAUUUUAUUUGGCGAGAAAUACCUCACGCUAGACGACAUCCCGCGCAUCGUCGCCGCCGAGCAAGCGCGCGAGCAGCGGCCGAACGCGUUCCGUCAUCAGCGCCAGAGCUCGCUCAAGCUGGGUUCCGGUCCAGCGCCGAAGCUGAUGCUGCAGCAGUUGCCGGUCUCGCAGUCACAUGUCGGACCGGCGCCUACUGAUGAUAGGGGUACCACGUCGCCGCGCCAGCAGCAACAAUCACGACCUCAACAGCAGCAGCAGCAGCAACAACUGCAACAACUGCAACAGCUGCAGCCGCAGAAACAGCGACAGACCAACGCAGUGCAACUAGCGCCCAAACCCUCAACCGACGACACCACCCCGAUCGCGCGUUCAAUCGCUCCGAAUUCAUCGGAAAAGAUGAAGCGGAAAGGAAGUGCGAACGCGGCUGCUAAUGCUGCUGCUGCGGCGGCGGCGAACGCGAACGGGGUGUUUAAGGUCGGCCUGGACGCGCUUGUCGAGCGCAGCGGGACGGAUUCUGAGUUGGGUGUUAGUGCGGGGAUGUUGAAAGUUCCUGCGUUUUUGGAUGAUGUUAUUAGCGCUAUGCGACGGAAGGAUAUGUCGGUUGAAGGUGUUUUCCGGAAAAACGGAAACAUCCGAAAACUCAAGGCAUUGGCUGAGACGAUUGAUAAAUCCGGCGCCUCGUCGAGCACCCGCGUGAAUCUUGACACCGAGUCACCAGUCCAGCUCGCAGCUUUGCUGAAGAAGUUCCUUCGCGAGAUGCCGGAUCCUCUCCUAACAUUCAAGCUCUACCGGAUCUGGGUUGCCUCGCAAAAGAUCGGCGACGACGAGACGCGUCGCCGCGUGCUGCAUCUCUGUUGUUGUCUCUUACCCCGAUCACACCGAGACUCGAUGGAGAUCCUACUAAACUUCCUGAAAUGGGUAGCCUCGUUCUCGCACGUGGACGAGGAAUCCGGAUCAAAGAUGGACAUCCACAACCUCUCGACCGUGAUCACGCCGAACAUCCUCUACUCGCAAAACGCGGCCGACGAAGACACCGGCCCGAUCCCGCCGCCGCAACUCGACCCUGAGACGGGCGAGCAGGUCUAUUUUCUGGCGAUCGAGGCGGUGAAUUCGUUGAUUGAGAAUCAGGAUGAGUUUAGUCUUGUGCCGGAGGAUAUUUUGGAUGAUUUGGAGGAGGAGAGUUGA